CGAUUGAAGGAAUCUUCGAAAAGCACUGCACCGGUAUCGAAGAUUCUCACAAGUAUCUGAGGCAGCAUUGUUCGGAGAUUUUCCUGGAACAAGCUCGACGUUGUAGGGCUUGUGGUCCGGAGAGACACCCGAAGUCAGUUUCGACAAAGUAUCCUUUGUGGGAUUUCCUUCUUUUCUGAUCCAGGGAUUUAAUUAACCGAGAGAGAAUUCCAAGCAUCACCGAGCAUCGUGAUUCGCCUUAAGGACUCAGCCGUACAUAUCCAACAUGUUGUCCUUGGAUCCACUCUCGGAUGUGGAAACGAACUUCACUCGUCGAGUUGUCCUCGAACAGACCACCAGAGCCGACGAUAGAACUCACAGAGAGCCGAGAAAGUUGAAAAUAGCCUACCUGAGUGAGCCGGGAAGCUGUAUCGUAUCUCUGGGCGAUACAAAGGUUCUCGCUCAGUGCUCUGCUCACAUAUGUGAGCCGAAGCCUACGCGACCAAAUGAAGGCCGACUCGCAAUCCAAUUCGAUGUCUCGCCUGUCGCAGCUUCACUCCAAGAUUCUAGAACAAUGGAAUACCGGGUUGGCAUUGGCAGGCUCCUCGAUCGAGUCAUCAGGGACUCCGAGUGUGUUGAUCUCGAAAAUCUCUGUUUAGUGGCUGGCGAACGAGCAUGGGAGGUGAGGGUGGAUGUCGUUCUCAUGAACCUCGGUGGGAAUGUCGCAGAAUGUGCGAGCAUAGCAUCAGUUGCCGCCUUGGCUCACUUCAAACGCCCGGAAGUCACUAUCGUGGGCAAAGAGAUGACGGUUCACCCAGUUACCGAACACGAACCGGUGCCUCUCCACAUAUAUCAUUAUCCCUAUUGUUUGAGCUUCGCCUUUUUCGAAGUCAUGGACACCGAGAAGCAAGCUGAAGAAGAUGAAAAAGGAGAUGCGCCAUCUCAGACCGAGACAAUCCUGGUGGAUCCCUCAUUCGAGGAAGAAGCGUGUUGCGAUGGGAUCUUGAUCGUCGGCGUCAACAGCCACGAAGAAGUGUGUGCCCUGCAGCAGAGAGGUAGCGUCCUGACGGCGGACCAGAUCGAGUUGUGCAUCAAGUUAGCCUGUUCGAGGGCGAAACUCAUAACCGACACAAUCAAGAGACAGCUCGCCUCAAAAAGCGGAACAGACAUCGAUACGAUAGAUCCGGAAUCCGACCAGAAGGAGGAAGGCUCCCGAAGCAAUAAAUGA